AUGGAAACUAAAACUACACAUAACAAGCAAAGCAACCGGUUUUUGAAACUUUCUUUGAAGAAAUCUAGACCAAAACCAAUUCAAGACAUACAUAAGGAGGACAAGAAUCCAGAUAUUAUAGUACUUGAUGAAUCUUUUGAUAGAUUACGAAAUGAUUUCCCUAGCCCUGCGAAAUCUAGCCAAAAAUUAUAUUCUCCAAUCACAAUCAAUGAUUCCUGUGAAAUGUCUUUCAAUGAUGACCUGCCUAAAAUCAAUUUUAAUGACCAUGAACCUAGCAGAAAUGGAAAUAUCUCCUUCAACUGUUCAAGAGAAGAAACAUCAGCAACGAAAAAAGGAUCACGACCAAGCAUCGGAGGAUGGUCACCUGCACAGCACAUCAUUUGUGCCACACCCAAGCAUGAUCCCACACCUUCAUCCCCCAGAGAUGUAGCAAACGAAUCACAUGAACAGUGUUCCUUAAAGAAAAUACACUUAUCACAAAAAAAAAUACUUAAUGAUUUAUAUGGGGAGCAAUGGAAAUCAAUACCAAAGUUAUUUAAGGCUAUUAAAGCGAAUUGUGAGAACUAUGACACUAUAUCAAAGAAAUUACAGUUUGACGAAGAUGAAAGUGACAAAGAGAAUAUAAGACACGAUUUGAAGCAGAAUAAAAUUUUGUAUUUGACUGAUUCUGAAGCCAAACGAAGAGUUGAUAUGACUACGGAUUCUGAAAGAAAAUCUAAGAAAAAGUUGUACACUGAAAAAGUACCCAGUACUCCCGAAGUAGGAAAGAUUAAACCGAGGAAUGUUGCCAGUACAACGAAGAAAACGAAAGUGAAUAAGGCUAUGAGUGUAACGGAGAUGGUGGAGGUUAUGAAUAACGAUGUUGAUGUGUUAACGAAGAAAGUUCAGAAUGUUUGUGUUGCACCUGCAAUUAAAGAUGAUACGAGACUUAGCUUUAUUGGCUCUCUGGCAGAUGACAUACCGUCCUAUCGUUGUAACGUAGAAGCGCUACAAUACCAUGACAACUACAAGAAUCUAAAGGAACAGUUAGCUCGGAGGCUAUUUGUGGAAUUCAAUAAGAAUGUUUUUGACAAUGUCAUGGAGGCUGACCUACCUAUUCUAUGGGAUCCUAGGUUUAGAACAACUGCUGGAACAACAACAAAUCGCAUGAUAAAGAAUGCGAAAGGCGAGCGUAUUAGGACCUCUACCAUAAAGCUGUCUACCAAGGUACUGGACAGACCUCAGAGGCUAAGGGACACACUUAUACAUGAGCUGUGCCAUGCUGCCACUUGGCUGAUUGACUUCGAACUCAAAGCUGGACAUGGACCGCUGUGGAAUAAAUGGGCUAAGCGCGCUCUCAAAGUGUACCCAGAACUGGGCGAGAUAUCGAGAUGCCACGACAUGCAGAUACAUUACAAAUACUCCUACAAAUGUACCAAAUGUGGAUAUAGUGUAAAUCGCCACUCAAAAUCGAUAGACAUAACGAAAAAAUGCUGCGGCUAUUGCCACGGUAAGUUUGAGCUGGUUCUAAACAAGAAGAAUAAAGAUGGCGUCGUCGUGUCAACUCGGGCUAAAAAGCCAAAUUAUCAAGACUUUUCUAUGCACGUUAAUGAGAACUAUUCGAAGCUUAAUGACGGCACACGGACUUACGGAGAAGUUAUGAAGAUUUUAGCUGAACCGUUCUUAUGA